AUGGAUGUAAACUUGACGCUGUCAGGGCGCGACUUGGCGGGCAUGGGCGCGCUGGCGCAGAGACUCUUCGACCAUGGAAACGACUCCCAGCCGCCCAUCGCCAACGGAACCGUCGGCUCCGAGCCGCCGGAGGAGGAAGACUUGGAAGUGAACACGGACAUCUACUCCAAGAUCCUGGUCACCAUCAUCUACGUCGCUCUGUUCGCGGUCGGAUCCGUGGGCAACUCCAUCACCCUGUACACGCUGCUGACCAAGAAGUCUCUCCAGAACCUGCAGAGCACCGUCCACUACCACCUGGUCAGCCUCGCCGUCUCCGACCUGCUGAUCCUGGUACUGUCCAUGCCCAUCGAGCUGUACAACUUCAUCUGGUUCCACCACCCCUGGCUGUUCGGGGACGCCGUCUGCCGGGGCUACUACUUCCUCCGGGACAGCUGCUCCUACGCCACCGUGCUCAACAUCGCCAGCCUGAGCGUGGAGCGCUACAUGGCCAUCUGCCACCCGUUCAAGGCCAAGAGCAUCAUGUCCCGCAGCCGCACCAAGAAGCUCAUCAGCGCCAUGUGGCUGGCGUCCUUCGUGCUGGCCACGCCGAUGCUCUUCAUCAUGGGGGAGGUGACCAUCAACGGGGAGAAGAUAUGCCGGCCGACCACCGACAACUCAGACGUCACCUUGAAGACGGUGCUUCAGGUUAAUGCGUUUUUGUCCUUCGUGUUUCCCAUGGUCGCCAUAUCCACGCUGAACGGGAUCAUAGCGAACCAGCUGCUGCGGAUGUUCCGAGAAGCGGAGCAAGACAACCGGGUCUGCAUCGUCGCGGGUAACCCCACCAUGCUGAAUGUGACGGUGGAGCCCAACCGCGCCCAGUCACUUCGGCACGGAGUUCUGGUUCUUAGAUUAUACUAUUUGUCUUUUCUUGUCUGGCUAUUGUACAAUACUGUGUCUUUCAUUAUCAACCAAAAUUGUUUCAUAUAA